AUGGAUGAACCUACCGACAGAGAGUGUCUGUUGAGCUCAGAAGACCGUUCAUUCGAAGCCCCAGAUAUCCCAAGUCCCGAACCAACAAGCUCUCAACGAGCUCAGCAGAAGGCUGGCUUGAGUUAUCCUCCCCGUCUGGCCAGUACCAUCGCGAGUAGAGAGUCUGCAUUCGAAGCAGAUUCAGAUACUGUAUCAGAGUUCGAUUCAACAAGGAAUACACCAACUCGAGGGGAAGGGCUAGAUCCGUCGUCCGAGUUAAGGAUGACCGGGCUUCUAGAAGCCGGACAGCGAAGAGGAAGUGUGAUGACGACUGGAGAUGACAGACCGAGUUACAUGUUUAGUGAUGAUAUCGAGGAACCACUACUUCCACAGGAUCGAAGCAAGAUAGGCGGACCAUCGAGGCAAGAAUCGGACGACUACAGUCAUCUACUGGAUUCGGGCACGGGGAUGAUGGCCGGGGUAGCGAACAUGGCCAACAGUAUCUUGGGCGCAGGGAUCAUCGGCUUACCGUAUGCACUAAGGAAUGCGGGAUUCCUGACGGGGACAGUGAUGGUCAUCGUCCUGGGUAUCGUCACCGAUUGGUCGAUCAGAUUGAUCGCCUUGAAUAGUAAAAUGACCGGCCAAAGAUCUUACAUCGGCAUCCUCGAACAAUGCUUCGGCUUCCCUGGGAAAGCCGCCGUCUCCUUCUUUCAAUUCAUCUUCGCUUUCGGUGGAAUGUGCGCCUUUGGCGUCAUUGUCGGUGAUACAAUACCACCGGUACUUUCAACAUUAUUUCCAUUUGUUCCGAAAUCACAAUGGUUCUCAUUCUUAUUCUCGAGAUCAUUUGUGAUCACUUUCUUCACGAUAACGGUCUCAUAUCCGCUCUCACUUUAUCGAGACAUUGGUAAAUUAAGCAAAGCUAGUGCUAUGGCACUCAUGAGUAUGGUGAUGAUUGUUUUUUCUGUCGCCCUUGGUGGUCCUUCAGUUGAUCCAAAGCUGAAAGGCAAUCCAUCUGCUCGAUGGACGUUCAUCCAACCCGGGAUAGUUGAAGCUAUUGGUGUCAUCAGCUUCGCUUUUGUCUGCCAUCACAACUCCUUACUGAUAUAUGGCUCACUAAGAACACCCACAUUGGACCGGUUCGCCCAAGUCACUCAUGUAUCUACAGCAUUAUCAGUAUUCGCAUGCUUGGUCAUGUCGUUCUCGGGAUUCCUGACAUUCACCGAUCGAACCGAAGCUAACAUUCUCAAUAACUUCCCUCGGGAUGACCUAGUCAUUAACAUUGCUCGGGUCUGUUUCGGAUUGAAUAUGUUUACAACUUUGCCAUUGGAGUGUUUUGUUUGUCGAGAGACAAUCGAUACAUUCUUUUAUCCGGACGAGAUGUUCAAUCUGAGGAGACACGUGAUUCACACCACUUUAUUGGUGGGGAUCGGAAUGUUACUUUCAUUAUGGACGUGUGAUCUAGGAGUAGUCCUAGAGCUAACAGGGGGACUAGCAGCCUCGGCAUUAGCCUACGUGUUCCCAGCCGCUUGUCAACUAAAGCUAUCCAGUAAAACCGGCUCGAUCUUUGAGAGGGAGAACUGGGCCGGACUACUGACAGUGGCCUUCGGAUUGGCCGUCAUGCUCAUCAGUACUAUCACCUCUCUCUCUAAGGCUCUCGAUCCUCAUCGUGUGCCAAAAGUUUGUCUUUGA